AUGGCGGGGUGCGGGGCCCCCUGGUGCUGCUGCCGGUGCUGCGGGGAGAGGGAGAGCCGCACCCCGGAGGAGCUGACUAUCCUCGGGGAAACACAAGAAGAAGAUGACGAGAUUCUUCCACGCAAGGACUAUGAGAGCUUGGAUUAUGACCGAUGUAUCAAUGACCCCUACUUGGAAGUACUGGAAAGCAUGGACAACAAGAAAGGCCGGAGGUAUGAAGCGGUGAAGUGGGUGAUGGUUUUCGCCAUUGGAGUCUGCACUGGACUGGUGGGUCUAUUUGUCGAUUUCUUUGUGCGACUCUUUUCCCAACUUAAAUUCCAUGUGGUGCAAACCUCGGUGGAGGAGUGCAGCGAGAAGGGCUGCCUUGCCGUGUCCCUGCUGGAGCUGCUGGGGUUUAACCUGACCUUCAUCUUCCUUGCCAGCCUUCUUGUCCUGAUCGAGCCCGUGGCAGCCGGCUCUGGAAUUCCGGAGAUUAAGUGUUACCUGAACGGAGUGAAGGUGCCAGGGAUAGUCCGUCUCCGGACGCUGGUGUGCAAAGCUGUGGGGGUACUCUUCAGCGUAGCCGGAGGUCUCUUUGUAGGGAAGGAGGGCCCCAUGAUACACAGUGGCGCUAUUGUGGGGGCUGGCUUGCCUCAGUUCCAGAGCAUCUCCUUUAGGAAGAUCCAGUUUAACUUUCCCUAUUUCCGAAGUGACAGGGACAAAAGGGACUUUGUAUCUGCAGGGGCCGCCGCAGGGGUUGCUGCAGCUUUUGGGGCCCCAAUCGGGGGCACCCUGUUCAGCUUGGAAGAGGGUUCCUCCUUCUGGAACCAGGGGCUCACGUGGAAAGUGCUCUUCUGUUCCAUGGCUGCCACCUUCACCCUGAACUUCUUCCGCUCCGGGAUUCAGUUCGGAAGUUGGGGAUCUUUCCAGCUACCUGGGCUGCUAAACUUCGGGGAGUUCAAGUGUUCUGACUCUGAUAAAAAAUGCCACCUCUGGACGGCCAUGGACUUGGGGUUCUUCAUUAUGAUGGGGAUUGUAGGAGGCCUUCUUGGAGCCACCUUCAACUGCCUGAAUAAGAGGCUGGCGAAAUACCGCAUGCGGAACGUGCAUCCAAAGCCGAAGCUGGUCAGAGUCUUGGAGAGCCUGCUGGUGUGUCUAACAACCACCGUUGUAGUGUUCGUAGCUUCCAUGAUUCUAGGAGAAUGCCGGCAGAUGUCUUCCACCAAUCCUAGUGGCAACAGCACUCUGAGCCUUCAGGUAACACUCGACGUGAAUUCAAGCAUCAAGACUUUCUUCUGCCCCAAUGAAACCUACAAUGACAUGGCAACGCUCUUCUUCAACCCCCAGGAGUCAGCCAUCCUGCAGCUCUUCCACCAGGAUGGUACUUUCAGCCCAGUCACGCUCUCCCUGUUCUUCCUUCUCUAUUUCUUACUCUCCUGCUGGACGUAUGGGAGCUCUGUGCCCAGUGGUCUCUUUGUACCGUCACUGCUUUGUGGGGCUGCCUUCGGACGCCUGGUUGCCAACCUCCUCAAAAGCUACAUUGGGCUGGACCACAUCUACUCGGGGACCUUUGCACUGAUUGGUGCGGCGGCGUUCCUGGGAGGCGUGGUCCGCAUGACGAUUAGCCUCACCGUCAUCCUGAUAGAAUCCACCAAUGAGAUCACGUACGGGCUUCCGAUAAUGAUCACCCUGAUGGUAGCCAAAUGGACAGGAGACUUCUUUAACAAGGGCAUCUACGACAUCCAUGUGACCCUGCGAGGGGUGCCGCUGCUGGAGUGGGAGACGGAGGUGGAAAUGGACAAGCUGAGAGCCAGCGAUAUCAUGGAGCCCAACCUGACGUACGUGUAUCCCCACACCCGGAUCCAGUCGCUGGUCAGUAUCCUGCGCACGACGGUCCAUCACGCCUUCCCUGUGGUGACGGAGAACCGGGGGAACGAGAAGGAGUUCAUGAAGGGGAACCAGCUGAUCAGCAACAACAUUAGAUUCAAGAAAUCCAGCAUCCUCACCAGAGCUGGAGAGCAGCGCAAGCGGAGCCAGUCCAUGAAAUCUUACCCCUCGAGCGAGCUGCGCAACAUGUGUGAUGAGCACGUAGCGCCAGAGGAGCCGCCCGAGAAGGAGGAUCUGCUGCAGCAGAUGCUAGAGAGACGAUACACUCCCUACCCCAACCUGUACCCAGACCAGUCCCCCAGUGAAGAGUGGACCAUGGAGGAACGCUUCCGACCUCUGACCUUCCACGGCUUGAUCUUGCGCUCGCAGCUGGUUACCCUGCUCGUCCGAGGAGUCUGUUACUCUGAGAGUCAGUCGAGCACCAGCCAGCCUCGACUGUCGUACGCCGAGAUGGCUGAGGAUUACCCCCGUUACCCUGAUAUUCAUGACCUGGACCUCACGCUGCUGACCCCACGCAUGAUAGUGGACGUCACCCCUUACAUGAACCCAUCUCCCUUCACGGUCUCCCCUAACACUCAUGCCUCGCAAGUCUUCAACCUCUUUAGGACAAUGGGGCUCAGGCACUUACCAGUGGUGAAUGCGGUGGGAGAGAUUGUUGGAAUAAUAACUCGGCACAACCUGACUCAUGAAUUUCUGCAGGCAAGACUGAGACAGCACUACCAGACCAUCUGACCCUGCUGUCGGUAUGGCUCCCUCCUUCCUCCAAGCCUGCACGUGCCCUCGCUUUCUGCUUGGAUGCCCCAGGUCCAAGGACACGAUGGUUGGCUUCUCUCUCACACAGUCCGGGGAUCAGAGAACAUCUCGCUGGCAGAGAGUAGAAGAGUUAUCUAAGUCCUGAGCUGCUGGCCA